GUGAAUCAUAGCUGGCUUUGGCAAUAUUAUUUAAAUUUUAUUUUUCAAACUUAACCCUCGCCAUUGAAAUUUGUCAGUGAAGUGAAUACAAAUUUAUGAAUUUAUAGCAAAUAAUAAUUUUGAUCUCAAAAUGAACGUUAUCGAACAAGUUCAACCAGUUGCGUGCUGCGGUGAUUUCCUUAGCCCAACAACUGCUUUGAAAAUCCAUCCCGAGGGAAAUUCUCGUGUAAAUGCCAUGCGACAGUUGUUCGAAGGCAAAAUUCAAGUAAUGGAAAAUCAGCGCGGUGUGAGCGUAAAUGGGUACAACACCAGAAGUGAUCCUUCAUUCAAACAAAACAUACAGCAACGACUAUUGAACGAUGGGAACGUUUCGCUAGUGAUUGGUCAAGAUCCAAAACCGAAUCCUGACUCGACUAGAUCCUAUCGGAGUCACACGAAAGUUGUCAGCGUUCCGAAUGGGGUGAAGAUCAUCACGACGAUUUUGGCGGAAGAUAACCUUUCGAUAGAGGAUGAGCGUGGAACUGUAUAUGAAUCUUUGAUCUAUCCGGAAAGCGAAAUCAUUAAACAUUUUGAACGGAACAUGAAACGUGAUACAAUGAUGAAGUAGAUUUUUUAUAUUGAAGAGUUAAAAUUUGAAAUUAAAAUGGCCAUGGUUUUUCGAUGUACAUACUAAAUAUCAUACAGAAACUAAAA